AGUAGUGAUGAGUCCAUAGAUGACCCAUCAGAAAUGUGUAUUGAUGAAAGUUCCUCCGACGAUGACUGGAAGUCCUAUAGGAAAAAGAAAUUAGAGGAGAUAAAUGAAGCAGCAAAAGAAGAGGCUUUUCUAACAAUAAAAUCAGGACUGAGACCCAUUAACAAGUCUGAUCUACAAGUAGAUUCAUUUGUUGUUGUUAACUACGAAAACGAAUAUUACCCAGGUACCACUGUAAACGUUGAUGAAAAUGGAGCUUUUGUAAGUGCAAUGAUGAAGUCCCUAGGCAACUGGAAGUGGCCUGUUAAUAAGGAUGUUUUAUUUUAUGAGUGGAAUGAAAUUGCUGGAUCUAUAAAUCCACCCAAAAUUUUGAGCAAAAGAGGAAUAUUUGCAGUUCCAGAGCUUCAAGACAAUUUUGGAAAAAUGGACUAA